AUGGCUGAGAUCGGAUCUCCCGCGAGGGAACCUUCCACCCGCGGCCGCGGUCGUGGUGGAAGAGGUCGCGGUGGACGAGGCAGAGGUGGUGGCAGAGGAGGCUCUACUGCUGCCGUGUCCAAGGCCGCUGCCACAAAGCCCGGCCGUGGCGGAUCACGAAGAGGAAGAGCCAAGAACUUUUCCGACUCGCGUGUCCAAGCUGCCUACGAGCGUCAAAGACACCUCAAGCACACAUAUUCAGUCAUCGCCCAGGCUCUCAGACCCGCCCUGUCUGAAUUCGCUGAGCGCGCUAUUGAGGAGGCCAUCCAACAUCCCGAGAAGUGCAAACACUACAGUGCUUUCGCCCCUGCCAUUCUUCAGCUGAGGCAGAAUCUCGACACCAAGCUUGCUGAGCACAAGCGACGUCUUGACAAGGACCUCGAGCUUGCCGAGCAUCUGUUCAACGCCGACAACUACGUGGCCGAGCAGGAGUUCAAGAAUGGCUUUGAAGAGAUUGAGGAGCAAUUCUACGAGGGCACAGAGAACCGCUUACGCAUUAUUGACUCUCUUGCUAAGAAGGGAUUGCCUGUUGAUAUUGUCGAUGAACAGUAUGAGUACAAGGUCAUCUCGGAUGAGCACUUCGACAACGAGUUUGGCAUUUAUGAGGCCUACAAAGAUGGCCAUCUCGUCCCCUACCCCUCUCGUGUCGAAGGUACCGAGAUGUGGCAAAAGGCACGCGACGCCGAGGCUGCCAUCGCCGCCGCUGCUGCCGCCGCUCCUACUAAGGGCCGUGGUCGCCGUGGUAUCAACAAGCGAAGGGCACAGGAACAGCCUGAAGGCCAGCCAACUCCCAAGAAGAACACGAGAAGCUCAGCUUCUCCUGCGAUUCCCCCUCCAGCACCCGCCAAGGGUCUUCUCGCUUCCGCCGCGGAAGUUGAGGCUACCCCAACAGGAACACCGCCUGAGUCUGACUCGCCUCCUGCGUCUCCUGAGCCUGCUGCGCUCCGAAAUGGUAUGCCACCUCCCGCUGCCAUUGCUACUGCCAUUUCCAAGGCCCAGAAUGCUACCAAGCUUUCCGCUCGCGAGAAGAGCCCUCCAUUGCCCAAGGGUAUUGCGGAGGCUGAUGAGUAUGGUUUCCGAAUCUACAAUCAACGACCAUCGAUGCGGGAGAAGGGCAUUAACAGUCGUAUCCUCACUCCUCACAAUGACUAUUUCGACGAUUGGCAGAUCGGCUUCAGAGAUACUACCAAUGAUGCCACCAAGGGCCACACUCGUGCCAAGCGCGGCAAGUACCUCGAUGGUCCCAACAGCAACGGCUUCCAUUUCGACAUAUGGUGUGCCGGCUAUGACUAUUCGGCCUUGACUCCCGAGGACUUUGAUCAAGACAUGGUCAAGCUAUAUGGUGUCCAUCCCAGAUAUGGCAUCAUCUUGCCCAACAGUGUCCAUCCCAACAUCCCGAAGACGCCACACGUCAUACCUGGCAAGCCUGUUGUCUACAUCGCGAACCCUUCCGGCAGAGUCUCACAUGCCUCUCGCUCUUUCCUCAAGACUGUCAACCAUCGCCGUACUGAGGAUGCGCCCUGGCGUACCAAGGUUGGAGCCUCAAUGAGACGCUUCUGCAAGCUUGAAGAGAUCCAGGAGGAUGACAUUGACAUCGCCGAAUACGUCCGUUCUGACGAGGAACUUCGAAGCAAGUCCUUGGGCACUGCCAUCAAGGAGUUGGAGGCUAGACCUGUUGUCAGCGAGAUGCCAUCUGAGGAAGAGGAGUCCGAGGAAGAGGAGGAGUCUGCUCCUCAACCCGAAGCUGGAUUUACCGACCUCUCUGUUCUCACCUAUGCCAGCGCUUUCCUGGAAGCUCAGGAAUCGAACAAGGCCCCCAAGCCCGCACCCAAGCCCGCUCGUUAUGACGCGAUCCGUGAUGUCUUUACCGACUCGAAGCCUGCCGCUGCUCCUCAGCCCGAACCUAGCUCCAGCACCGGCCUUGACCUCUUGGCUGAGCUGAGCAGUGUUGUGAGCAUCUCUAACCAGCCUGCUCCCAGCAGAGAGAUGAUCCAAGCCCAGGAGGACCUCGCGGCUCCCGAGUCUGUCAUGGCCUACGAGCCCGCUCCUAUCCAUGAGCCCGUACCCAUGCAUGAGCCUAUGGUUAUCCAAGACCAGCCGCCUUAUCCUGAUGCCAGUAUCAACGGCGCUGCUCCCACACAGGUAGGCCCUCACGCCAUGCACGAAGUCGACCCCCGAAGCUCGCUUCCUCGAAGCAAUGAACUCCCACCUGUCACUCCAAGCCAGGUUCCCGUGGAUCCCCGAUACGGUCCCGUCGACGUUCCUCAAGGCUACCUGCACCAACCCCGUGCACAGCCGCCGAUGCAACCUGGCGGCCCGGUGCAUGGCCAUCCUGGGGAAACCAUGCCCUAUCCCACCAUACAUGAACACGCUGUGCCACAGCAUCAGCCGGUGCGACCUUCUGAGUACGCACCUCACCCACCUCCAGGACACCCGGCUCAGGACCAGGGAGCGUACCUUUCGCACAGUGGCUACGCGAACCCAUCGAACCCAGACCACCGUGAUAGUCAUAUGGCUGCCGGACGUCCCAUCGACCCGGGAUACCCUCCUCGCCGCAUGAGUGGUUACGCUGCCGAGGCCCCAAGCUACUCUCGCGCGUACUGGUCGCAACCCCCUCAAGGACCCCCUCCUGGUCCCUCCGGCGCGCCAGUCCAGCCUGUGUCGGCUCCAGGCCCAGGACCUUCUCACUAUCACUCACCCGCCCCACCUGCAGCUCGAAUCCCAUUCUCUCACAAUGCCAGCACUGAUCCUCUACCUCCUCUGCGACCGCCGCGAGGACGUACCCAGUCUAUCCAAGAUGAGGGUCUGCUCGAGCCCAGUCUACGAUCUGCUGGCCAUGGUAACAUGGGGAACUCGUAUUACCCUCCAGGUCCUCCUCGCAACUACCAUCGAGGCUAUCCAGGCCCUGAGCAGCACGCGCCGCUGCAGCCGAUCGCGACUGAUCGUAUUCUGCCAAACCCGCAGACCACGGGGCAGGGAUAUAUCACCUCGCCUCACCAGGGCUUUGCACACCAGGUCCUGUCUCCAACGUAUGCGAAUCCCCCUCCCAUGCCUCCACAUAUGGCUCAAAGCCCGCAAGACAAUUCUCAGGGUCUUCCCAACCCUCAUCGUCAUCGAUCCACCCCUUCCGGGUCAUCUGAUGCCGGGAACAAGUACCGAAAGCUCCAGCCAGCUCCUGUCCCUGCGCAUCGAGCCUGGCCUAACAAGCCCGAGCUCAAGACGAUCCCGUACGACCACAAAGAGACAGGACUAGCGGCAGCCCUCCCCAGCUCCGGUCCUACCCAGAUCCGAGGUUGGAACGUCAACCAGCCACGCAAGCGAGCUCUACCCACCAAGACUUCCUUCAAGUCUGUCCGGUUUGCUAAGCCACUCAUUGGUCUCCCACCUCUGGCCCCGAAGUCCAAGAACAAAGAUACUGCUGCCCAGCCUUAUUCGAUCCUCAAAGCGGAAGAGAAGUCUACGAAGAAGUCUGCGAAGAAGACUGCGGAGAAGCCCGCGAAGAAGGCCGACAAUGUGUUGUCCGAUUCUGAAGCCAACCCGAACAAGCGACGCCUGCGACCUAGAAAACGCAAGAACACAGAGACGGAGCCAGUCGAGGCUGACGUUCCACGUGUGGCCAAGAAGCCAAGAACCACGAAGGCCGCCAAGUCCAAGACUACGGAACAAGCCCCUGCCAGCACUGAAGUUCAGCCCACUGCAAAGAAACCCAGAGCUACCAAGGCGGCGAAGUCCAAGAACGCAACCAUCAAGACCACUGCCUCUCAUGUCACUGACGAAUCCCUCAAGAACGUGGAGGCUUCCACUGAGGCUGACCUUCCCAAGGAGACCCAUGUCAACAGAGAUGAGUCGACUGCCAUCAAGGCCAACACCGACGAGGACGAGCCUUGA